CCGUAUUCCUUCAAUGCCCGGAUGUCAUAGUUACAGGAAAGUGCAUGUUGGAAAUAUUAGGGAUAGCACUUUAGUCGGAAUUUAUAAUUUAAAAUGGGGAAUGAAAACAGCCUUCCAUUAGAACUUUGUUCUACCUUUGAUGCAGAUGAGAUUAAACGUUUAGGAAAAAGAUUUCGUAAACUUGAUCUUGAUAAUUCUGGUUCUCUAAGUGUUGAAGAAUUUAUGACGUUACCGGAACUACAACAGAAUCCACUAGUUCAGAGAGUAAUAGAUAUUUUUGAUACAGACGGUAAUGGUGAAGUAGAUUUUAAAGAAUUUAUAGAAGGCAUAUCUCAAUUUAGUGUAAAAGGUGACAAAGAAUCCAAAUUAAGAUUUGCAUUUAAGAUCUAUGAUAUGGAUAAGGACGGGUACAUAUCGAAUGGUGAAUUGUUCCAGGUGCUAAAAAUGAUGGUAGGAAAUAAUUUGAAAGAUACACAGUUACAACAAAUCGUGGAUAAAACCAUUAUACACGCUGAUACAGAUGGCGACGGAAAAAUAUCUUUUGAAGAAUUCUGUUCUGUUGUUGGCACUAUGGAUGUUCACAAGAAAAUGGUUGUAGAUGUAUAAAUAGAAUUACAUUUGUUAUUUCAUUUUUAUUGUUUUUCUUCCCCCCUCCCAUGACAGCUUUCUCCCUUUUCAAGAUGUUUCAAUUCAUACAUUUUCAAGUUCUUACUAUUACCACAUGUGUCUCUUUAUACUAUUAUCUUAUCAUACACUCAAUAGCUAAACAAUGACUUUCUCUCGUAUUUACAAACAAUAAUAACAAAGGUUAGAGCUCAAUAACCGUAACACAUGGUUAGAGCUCAAAAACCGUAACACAUGGUUAGAGCUCAAUAACAGUAACACAUGGUUAGAGCUCAAUAACCAUAACACAUGGUUAGAGCUCAAUUAUCAUAAGAUUAAGAGCAAGGUGAAAACACUGUAAUCAAAAACAUGGUUAGAGCUCAAUAACCAUGAUAAUAAGGUUAGAGAACAAAAGUUAGAACUCAAGAACACGGUUAGAGCUCUAAAAACAUAAAAUUAAGGUUAGAAACUGAGCUAGAGCUAAAAAAAAAAAAAAAAAAAACAUGGUUAGAUCUCUAUAAACAUAAAAACAAGGUUAGAGUUCUGCCACCAUAAGAACCAAGUUAGAGCUCUGUGACCCUAAAAAGACGGUUAGAAUAACCAUAAAACCAGGUUAGAGCUCAAUAACCAUCAAAAUAAGCUAAGAACUCGAUUACCAUAAAUCAUGGUUAGAACUCAGUUGACUGAUUGCAAACAUCUAUAAAACAAAGACGGGAGGCUUGAAUAAUAUUUGUUCAUUGUUGUUAUUGUGGUGUUACGAAAGAGAUUUCGUCUUAAUUAGUUGAGUUGGAGCAGAACAGUAGGACGUUAAACUACAUUUCAUUUCAUGACGUUAUGAAAGAGUUAUUUAAAAUACUUGACAAUAUUAAGCUUUGUUACUGUGGUCUGUUACGAAAAAUAGAGUUAUCUGAAAUAACUUGACAAUAUCAAGCUUUGUUAUUGUGGUCUGUUACGAAAGAGAGGAUUAUCUGAAAUACUUGACAAUAUCAAGCUUUGUUACUGUGGUCUGUUAUGAAAGAGUUAUCUGAAAUAAUUAGAGGAUAUUAAGGUUUGUUAUUGUGGUCUGUUUAUGCAAGAGAAAGUUAUCUUUAGCCAUUAAGUUCAUAUAGGAUAAAACCACACACUAAAUGUUAAUAUAUCUGUUAUUUCCUAUCUAUAAUUCAUAAUAUAUCAUUAUCAUAUAUAGCAUCAUCUGUAUAUCUUAGGUUUUCAUAUUAUAUUAUAUUAUAUGGUAUUUUGACUUUAAGACAAUACCGUAUAUGGUAUUUUGACUUCAAAACUGUACCAUAUAUGGUACAUGGUUUUUGACUUUAAAACAGUACCAUAUAUGGUAUUGGGACUUCCAUCCUGUACCUUAUAUGGUAUUUUGACUUCAAAACUGUACCAUAUAUGGUAUUAUCACUUUAAAACUGGACAGUUCAUUAAUUUCUUUAAAAUUGUUACUAUUUUCGUUUUAUGAAUGAUUUUUAUUAUCUGAGAUCUGUAUGUAGAAUGUCUCUUUAAAUUGCAACAGUACCUCAUAUGAGUUUAGGCAUAGGCAUAGACAUAAAUGGAAUGUCUCUUUAAGAUACUGUACCUCAUAUGGAUUGGGCAUGGACAUAGCAGCUUUGAUUUCCUGUAUUUGUAUGUUAAUUCAGUUAUAGUGUUAUAGCUACAGAAAUUAAAUUACUAUUUGAAUUCAAUACUGGAAUUAAAUAACUAUUUGAAUUCGGAUAUGGCUACUGGAAUUAUUUGAAUUGAGUUUAGAUAUUGCUACUGGAAUUGCUAUUUCAAUAAAGUUUAGAUAUUUCUACUGGAAUUAAAUGAUUAUUUGAAUUCAGUAUUGAAAUUAAUUAACUAUUUGAAUUCAGAUAUAGCUGCUGUAAUUAAAUAACUAUUUGAAUUCAGCAUUGAAAUUAAUUAACUAUUUGAAUUCAGCAUUGAAAUUAAUUAACUAUUUGAAUUCAGGUAUAGCUACUGUAAUUAAAUAACUAUUUGAA